AUCCUAAUGCGCAUGCGCAAGCCGACAGGCGUUUUCCAAUCCCAUAUUUAGCCGAUUAAAUAAAAGGCUAUAUCAUCUACAGCAACGUGUCAAGAAACUUGUCCAUGGAAUGCUAAUAUAACUAUCACUUAGGUUAGUACGGAAAUCUUACCCGAUGACUCAAAAUUGAUUUUGAAUAUAAACUACACACCUGUGUCUAAGUGUAUAGUAAUCCAGCAGAUGUUCUGCUCAGUUAACGUGUUUUAUCGACAGUUUUGCAUGCGUUUGUCAUUGAUCAAGGUUUAAAAUUUAUUAACAGAAUGUCGGUAAGUCUAGAUUUUCAGCUAAUUAUCUCAUUUGUAUACAACAUAAAUUUAAAUUAUUUGGAUACUAUUCUUUUUCUUCACUACUGUAAAAUAUAUUACAUAAUCUUAUAGUAUUAAAUAUAACUAAGUAGGUGUAUCAAGCCUUAGGGAUGACGUAUAGCUUUAAAAAAAACCGUAACCGGUAAGUAAUUUUAGGUCGAGUCAUUGACUCGAAUUAGAUAAAGGUCAUCAUCUUGCGAUUAUUUUGAACAAAGUACGAUGUUAAGCAUGGAGUGAAGUUCUAGUGCUCGUAAGCUUACGUAUUUAUAUUUUUAUCGUAUGUAAGAAGACUUUAAGACUUUGAACCAACUAAUAGGCCAUAUAACAUGUAUUAUAGAACAUGCAAGCUGGUAAUGAACAAUGUGUUUUACAGAUUACAGAAGAAGGAAUGGGUCGGCAAAAUAAAACUGUUCGUUCAAGAACAUCGACUAAACAGCGAACACUAUCAAUGAAUGGCUCUAAUCAGAAUAUAUUGAUGAAUCCCUCUGAGAGGAAGAAUAUCGUCUUAUGGCGUCAUCCAAUAACAACUAUACAAUAUUCUGCACUAGAAUUACGAGAUCUGUUGAUAGAGGGAAUAAAAAAAACGAAUAUAUACGUAGUUUUGAGUUUGCUUUUAAUUGUGGCCACUUGUACGCUCUCAUACAUAUACGUUCUACCUGAAUGGCAGAUUGAAAUACUCUCCAGUGUAUGGAAAAAAAUACUAUGGUAUUCAUGGUGGGUUGGAUUAGGGAUAUUAUCAUCAGUUGGUUUUGGAACUGGUCUACACACCUUUGUCCUGUAUCUAGGUCCAUUUAUAGUACAAGUUACCCUAGCUGCCUAUGAGUGUAAUUCUUUGGACUUUCCAUCGCCUCCCUAUCCUGAAGAUGUUAUCUGUCCUGAGAGUUCUAAUUCAGCAGGAGGAGGAAGUACUAUAAAUGUAUGGAGCAUUAUGUCUAAGGUUCGGUGGGAAGCGAUAUUCUGGGGAUUAGGUACUGCUAUUGGUGAACUACCUCCUUACUUCAUGGCUAGAGCUGCUCGUCUAUCUGGCCAAAUUGAUGAAGAAGAAAAAGAAAUAGAAGAACUUCACGAAAAAGGUCAUUUAAGCUUUAUGGAAAGAGCCAAAAUUGCCGUUCAUGACUUUGUUCAAAAAGUUGGAUUUCUCGGUAUUCUCUUGUGCGCUUCUAUCCCUAAUCCACUUUUUGAUUUGGCCGGCAUAACUUGCGGACAUUUUCUUAUACCUUUUCCAACAUUUUUUGGCGCAACUUUGAUAGGAAAAGCAAUAAUUAAAAUGCACAUUCAGCAAUUAUUCGUCAUCUUUAUAUUUAGCGAGCAUCACGUCGAACAAGUAAUUUCUCUUAUCAAAUUCAUACCUAAUGUUGGAUCUAAAUUGCAAGCGCCCUUCAAAGAAUACUUGAAUAAGCAAAAAGAAAAAUUACAUCAAAGUUUCGGUACUAAGCAACACAGUAUAACGCCCUCUUGGAUAUCAUGGGCUUUCGAGAAAUUAGUACUUAUAAUGGUUAUUUAUUUCUUAUUGUCAAUUGUUAACUCUUUGGCGCAAACUUAUCAUAGGAAAUUAUGUUCAUCUAAAAAGCAAAAGCAAUGA